AGAGAGAAAGAAGAGAAGAGAGAGGACUUGACUCCUAUCUGAAAGUCAAAUAGGCGCAACAGGAGAGUUGACACACCGGGACCGUCCCUCCUGCAAGCAAAGGAGAAACACACACACACACACACACACACACACACACACAGUCAGACGCCCAUAGCUGCCCUCAACAAACUAAACUGCCAUGCUCGUUCGUUCUAGAAGAACCCAUCUGGACUACUUCACGUCUCUUUUUUCUACCAGGGAGACUACAGUUUGGAGGAAAUAAAUGAAUACUGGAGUGAUCAGUGAAAAUACGGCACCUCCGGCAAACACUUGCCACACCUUCAGCCCUAUAACAGCCCUGCUAUCCAGCUGUCCAGAUGGGGUGCAGUUGCUGUAGCAUGAUAAAAAGUUACAUCUAUGACCCUACAGACCCUGUAGAAGUCAAUGGACUGAAGCAGGAUCCCACGACGAAUUCUUUAGUGUCUUCCUACCAAUGCCAUCUGUCAGAUGAUAGGAAAAAACAAGGCUUCCACAAUUUGGGCUACACCAGCAACAGCAACCUGAGCAAAUCUGACAUUGAAAACAAUCACAUAAACCAGGCUAGAUCGAACGUUCCCCAGACAGCAGGGGGCAACGCUAGCCUAUAUAUUUUGCAGCCAGAUGGAGGGUCCUUCCUAGCGUUUUACCCUUGGGCACGGAAGCCGAUAAACAAACGGAGAGUUUCCGAGACUCGGGCCUGGGAAACGGGUCCGAUGGCUACUUGUGCAGAACAGACCAAGAAGAGGAAAGAAGGCAGGGAGCAGGGGACGGCAGACGAGGAGAGCGUCAUAUCAGUGGACAUCCAUACAAGCAGCACCAGCCUCUCCUCUGGCGACACAAAGCUCGUAAGAGACGAAGACUCGUCAUAUUCCCAGAAAGCCGGAUCAAAGGAAAAAGACAAAGAGGACGUUGUGAGCGUCACGGACUCUAUGGUGGCGGAGGCACUCGCUGCCUUGGAGGCAGCCACUGCAGGGGAGGAGUACGAGUAAGAAUGUCACAUGAACCUGAUGAACGAACACCACAUAUGGCCAAAAAAAAAAAAAAAAGAUAUAUUUUUCCAUAUAUACAUUUCAUUGACAAAAUCUUGAGGGACGGAUUUUUUUUUUUUUUUUUUUUAAAUUAUGAAGGAUUUUUAAAUGAAGUUCGAAACAGACUCCUAUUUGUUUACAGGUCAUGCUGUAUAUAAACAGAAUAUUUAAUAUGGAUAUAUUCUGCCAAGCAUAUUGGUAGCAUCGAGUGUAUGGGCUGUUACUUUCUGGACUUUUCUCUGUGCCUUUUUAUAGUCUAUGCAAGUCCAUACUACUGUGAUGAGAAUUUAAGAAUGAUGUUUAGUCGUAAAGCUGCAAUAUACAGCACUCCCCAACUUGAUGAUGAUGAUGCACAAAGCCUGGGAGAGCAAAGCUGUACACAGCUGUAGUAAGUAACCAUGUGAACGGCCUUAUACGUCAUAGAGGACAAAAAAUGGUUGGUCUUCGUUCCCAAAAUGUGAACACUUUUCAAUAAAAGCAACGCUUUGACCAGGUACACUCUUAUGGGGAGAGCUAUAUUCUCCAAAUUCUAAGUGAUAAACCAAAUACAUGUAAACAUGUCCCUGUUGUCUAAUUUUGGUCUUAACUGAUCAUGUUUCUAAUUUAAAACACGAUGUUAAGCACAUCAUCCGCUCUUCAACCUUUUAUAGCGACUUACAUCUUGAUUCCUCCAAAAAAAAAGCUUCCGUUGAAUCGAAGUGAGCAUAAGACUGACUUUCACCAUGAAUACUCAUAUCCCCAAGUUGUAUGUGGAGAAAUGGCACUUUUUCAUGCAGAUUUUUCCUAAAGUUUUAUUAGCACUAAACGCUGUGAUGUUAUGUAUGCAGGUUGACUGAACUUGGGCUAAUGAUAACAGUUGACCUAAAAAAAAAUUCUCUAGUGAAAAUCUUUGGUUAACUAAAUGAGGCUCAAGAUUUCAAGGGGUGCCUUGAUGUGAGGAAGGACUUUUCAUAAAACACUAUGAAGAAGCAACAGAGUGAAGCACUUUUCUGUGCUCAGCAAGUAAAUGUGAUCUUACAUCGUUAGCCAUAUUUAUUUUCAUGAAAGACUACUUUUGUAAGCUUUUAUAUUUAUGAAAGCAGAACUUUCAGUAGUGAAGGAUUCUGAAAGUGUGGACUAUGUAUGUGUUAUAGUACAGCCAAAAUUAUUUCUUUUGCAGAAAUGUACAUAUGUAAAUGCAACAACAGUUCACUGUUUCAUCUGAUAUUUAUUGCCUUUCAUGAUGAGAUCAAUACAAAUGUGUAUUUUAAAACA